AUGGACCGGCCGGCAAGCUUCUUGCCGACCAUCAAGUGCUCGUCAUGCAGCCAGGAAAUUGAGAUCUCUAUGAUGGGCGAGCACAUUUGUGGCAAAGUAGCAGAAGAGAGUGCACCGGCGCCACCGGCCAACUUUGACCAGUUCAUGUCCUAUGGCAGCAAGAACGGCAGCAGCAGUAAUUAUGGCUACAGCAGCCGCGACCAGGACCGGCCAAACCGUCUGCCACCACAAGUCGACACAUCGGCAGCGAAUCGCAGUUACUACCGCACAGGACAGCUUACACCCGUUAGCAACUCAAGCGGCUCCCAGAGUGUCUCGCCCAAGACGCCUGUUGGCAUGAUGAUGGGCGGCCUGCGGACGGGCGGUCUGGGCGGUAGUCGUGGCAACGAUCGCAACAUGAGCGAUCGCAACGACCGCAACGCAGGCAGCAAUGACUACUUUGAGCCCAAGAUUGCGGACGAAUUCGACUCACCGUCUGCAUAUGGCUCAUCGACCCAACCCCGUCGACCUGGUGGCUACGGGGGCCUCGACGAUGACGCCUAUCCGCCGCCAUCCAGCAGCCCCAAGCGCCAGCCUGCCACCAACCUGCUGCAGCGCAUGAACACAAUAGCCCCGGGACCCUUUGACGUUGACAGCAGUGGCCUCGGCCGCAAACCCACCAACGCCCGCAAUGCCUUCCCGCGGGCGGCCAACAACUCGGACUACAGCCGGGAGAACAUGGAGGGCCGCAAUCUGACGCUCGACGACGACGACUUCCAACCGCCCGCAUUCAACCGCGCCGGCACAUUCCCACGUCUGAGCGAGAGCGCUGAGCUGCCGUCACGCACACCAUCGGCGCCGGGUCCUCGCCCUGAGCGGAGGCGGCAAGCAAAUAACGAUGGCUAUGGCAAUAUGGGCAAUAUGGGCCAAAACAACAACAACUCGUAUGGGAGCAGUAGCCAGCCGUCGGACCCCAUGCGCCGGCCUAUCAUGGGUCCCGACACGUCUCGUGCACCACCGCCACGCACCAGUCUGCUGCGGCCGCGUACGUCGGGCCGUGACGACUCAACUGACUCCAGCACUCCCACCAUUCCAAAAAUCAACCUCGCCGCCGAAUUUGGCAUAGGUAACCCGUACCAUUCAGCGUCGGACUCCAUGUCGUCCACUGUGUCGAGCGUAGCGAGCCGACCUGGUGGGAAUCUUGCGUUGUCGUCCUCGCAAUCGUCGUUUUCGUCGGCAUCGUCCUUUACGACUUCGUCGACGUCGAACUCGCCAAACAAAAGUGGCACAAACAAUUAUUACAACAUCAACAACAACAGCCGUGACCAAGUCCGCGAGGUGCCUCGCGAACAACCACGAAAGCCGAGCAAUGCGUCUAACAUGGCCGACUUCGACAGCCUGAUGAAUGACCUGCAAGCGCUGAACCCAUCUGAGGAUCUUCGCGAUGAGCGCCGUGAAGAACGCCCUCUCCCUACCCAAGAUGAGCGUGGCCGCAACGGCAGCUAUGGCGGCUUUGGCGCCUCCAACACCCCCUCCUCAUCCAACAGCCGCUCAUCCCCUGACCGCUGGCCUCAAUCGCGGGGCCGCAAUGCGAUGCAGGACGACACGGAUAACGGUUCUGGCAGCAACGGAAACGGAAGCCUGCGCCGGGAUCCCAGUCGUGCACGUGAUCAGUCCAUAGGUGCGCUGUCCCGUAACGGAAACGGCAGUAGCUGGUCUCGCGGAGCAGGAGCGAACAACAUGGCGCCGCCCAUGCCUUCCAUUCCUACGAUCCCGGUCGUGCCGACCAUGCCUUCCCGCGGCAACUGCAAGGCCUGUGGCGACCUCAUCACCGGCAAGUCCGUGUCGAGCGCCGAUGGCCGCCUCACUGGCCGCUACCACAAGGCUUGUUUUGUGUGCACCACCUGCAGUGAGCCUUUCUCGUCCGCCACCUUUUAUGUGCACAACGACCAACCAUACUGCGAGCGCCACUACCACGCUGUCAACGGAAGCCUGUGCGGCAGCUGCGGCAACGGCAUUGAAGGAUCAUAUCUGGCGGAUGAGGCCGACAGCAAAUUCCACCCGACAUGCUUUGUGUGUGCCGACUGCCGUCUGCCUCUCGAGGACGGCUACUUUGAGGUGGCGGGCGCCGUGUACUGCGAACGGGACGCCUGGAAGCGGGUGCAGCAGACGUGGCUGUCGCAGGCGCCGUUGACUCCGGCUUCGUCGGUCUCAUCUGCCUCGUCUCGGGGCGGCAUGGGCAACAAUCUUGCGGUCCCACGUGGUAACGGUCUGCCCUCCGGCCCCGGCGUCUCCCGCCGUCCGUCUGUCGGUCUGCCGAACCCCAACGCUCUCGGUUCAGCUGCACGACCGUUUGGUCUGCCCAGCGGCAACCGUCUGGGUCCACGCCCGCGGAUGGAGAAGCGCAUGACACGGCUGGGCAUGAUGUGA